AUGGGCAAGUCCCCGCGCGCGUCCCAGGGGCGCUCCAUCGCCAGGCGCAUGGAGAGCUCGGGGGGCAGGCGGAAGCAGAAGGGCGACGGCCUCGUGCCGGGCUCGAAACACGCCGGGCUCUUCAGCGACGACGCCAUUGCGAGCUUCGACGAGCUGCUCAACUCGGACGACGUCGCGUUUCGCACGGCGCCCGGUCCGCCGGUGCGCAGGGCGCCGCCCCCUGAACCCGACCCGGCUGCCGCCGCCGCCGCCGGCGGCGGCGGCACCCCGUCGUGGAUCCCGUCCGCCCUUCGAACCGCAUCGUCCGGUCGAUGGCUGAGCUGGAUCAACGUCGCGAUGCUUCUCGUCCUUCUCCUCGGCGCCGGGCUCGCGUACGUGUACGUGGGCGGCAGCGAGUGGACCGAGCCCGCGGAGGCGGACAUGAGGCUGGCGGACACCGCCGGGAUGGUGGAAUCCGCGCCGGCCGCGUCGGAGCCGCCGUCGGCGAAGGACAUCAUAGAGGAGUACCGGCGGAAGCGCCUGGCCAAGGAGGCCAAGGAGAGGGAGGAGAGGGAGACGAGGCUGGCGGCGAGGAUGGCGGAGGUUGCGAACGAGGCGACGACAUCGCCGACGCCGGAACCCGAGCCGCCCGCGCCGUCGCUGGAGCCGGAGGCGGCGCCGCCGCCGCCUCGACGCGCGAUGAAGCCCAAGAAGGCGGCGACGGCGGAUGAGCGAGCGGCGAAGCCGAAGUCGAAGUCGACCGAGUCGUCUCAACCGAAUUCGAAGUCGACCGAGUCGUCUCAACCGACGUCGAAGUCAAAAACCGAGUCGUCUCAACCGAAGUCGGAGACGGACGAGGAGCGGUCAGCUAGGUACGCCCGGGAGGAUGCGGCGCGGGAGGCGCGGAUCGUGCGCGAGGAUGAGGAGCGGAAAGCGCGCAUCGAGGAGGAGGAGAGGGCGGCGAGGGCCCGGGUGGAGGAGUUGGAGGCGAGGGCCCGGGUGGAGGAGUUGGAGGCGAGUAGUGUGGGAGCGGCGGGCGGGGCGGCGAAGCCCGCGGCGGUCGUCGACACCGUCGAUUACGAGGAGGAGGAGGACAGGCCCGCGCCCGUGCGGCAAAGGAAGAAGGAGAGGGAGAAGGAGAGGGAGGAAGCGCCGGCGGUGGCGGGGAACCUCGGGGUGGACUACGAGUAG